AUGGCGGAGGAUGGCGGUACGGUCACAAGUCGGCGGCCGUCGAUCGCUACAAUCUUCAAUCCUCGUCGGAUGAAAGCGGCGGCUGGCGGUGGCGGUACGAAGCCGCCGCACCCGAGACCGUCGGUUGUGAUUACCGACGAGGACGGCGGUGGACCGGCGCUGAUGAACGGCGGGGACAGCGGCGGUGGGGAGAACGGCGGCGGAGGGUCCUUUUUGGACGAAAACCUGUCCGGAUUUGCGGGCAUGAAAGACCGAGGGAGUCUUGGGACAAAGGAUAACUUGUGUCUUAUGGACAGUCUGGGCAUGCGGGACAGUCUGGGCCCACGUAACGCUGGGUCCCGGGCCAGCUCAGGGAGCCUCAACGUGGGCCCAGUGAAGCAGCACGUGCAGAUCCAGCACAGCCACAGCACAGGCGUGCGCCCCGCGCGCAGUCCCUCCUUCAACCUCGGUCCUUGCGCCCCAUCAGGAGACCCUGAUCCAGGGUCGGGUGGCGGCAGCGACGGCGGACGACGCGGCGGCUGUCGGAGGCUCGCCAGGGCCGUCAUGUCGGCCACCACCCGGAAGAUUGUGGCGGGUGUUCUCGUGACGGCGUUCGUGGCAGCCUCAUGGGUUGGGGCUACACACCUCAUCAAAGACUUGUUUCUUCGGCGAGCCCCACCCAUUGUUUACCAAGCCCGUUCCUACCAAUCCCCACUCCCCGUUUCCCCACUGCCAGACAUCGAUGUCUUGGCCAGUGCCCAUCAUUCUAAAGAGCUCGAAUAUUUUCCUGAUUUUAGAAUAGAUCAAAGUCCCAAUUCCGGAAAUGAUCACUCUGCUAAAUCCAAAGUAUAUCAGAAUCGUUAUCCCAGAAAAGAUAACUUUGUGAAUUAUAGGAUCAAACGAAAUUCUGAAUUCAGCUCGAAGUUGAGUUUGGUAUCCAGAAUAGGCCAGAAAUCAGAUUUCGGGAUAGAAUCUGCGCUAAAUUACAAAAAGAGUUCAAAUUCACAUCAAAGAACAUUUCUCCCUCCGAAUUCUACUGCCCGUUUUACUCCAAAUUCAAAAAGAAUUCUUAAGCCAUUCUCCAAAAUGAGUCAAUCUCCAAACUCUCGAAUGAGUCAAACUCCAGAUUCACCUUUAGUUCACACCCCGUUGCCAAGACCGAGGCGAAGUUCUGAGGGUGAUAUUUUCUCCAGACCACAUUCAUCACAGCUUUUAUCUGCGUCAUCCUACAAUACCAUCAACAAAAACGCCGGCAAUACCGAUGGUUCAACCAAACUUGUGACCAGAUCAGAUUCAACGGCCACAUCCGAAAAGCCCCGGAAGUCACGUAUCGACAUAUUGAGACAGCGCAACCAAAAACGAUUGGCACGCAAGCAGCAGUUGCUGGCGAAACAGAAGAAAAUUCCCGAAAAUUCUGACACCGGUAUCGGUUAUGGAGAAUUAAUUGAUCCUGAAGAUUUCGGUGCGAACGACACCAAGUACGAGUCUGUCCCAGUCCCGGCAAGGCCUUUCUUUAGGUUCGGGUUCGCUCCCGCCAACGAGUAUGUCCCCUACGGCCAACAGCCAUCAGUGAACGCCGUAUUCGAUGCCCCACUUUUCACCACGUGGUUCUGCACGGCGUGGACGACGCUCUUCUUCCCGCUGUACCUCAUGUGCCGCUCCUGUGCUUGCAGAGGACGCGCCGACCUCGCAACCUCCCUCAGGGGCGUCACGGCUGCCUUUAGGGAGCGCGGCGUUACCUGUAGCAAGCUGCUCUCGCGGUGCUCGCUGUUCGCUGUGUUGUGGGUGGCCACGCAUUACAUGUACGUGUACAGCCUACGUAUCCUGGACUGCACGGAUGUGAUGGCGCUGUACUCGGCGCACGUGGCCUUCGUGUAUCUACUUGCGUGGGUCAUCCUGCACGAACAGUUCGUGGGGGUCAGGUGCCUUGACGAUAUGAUGUUCUACCCCUUUGGGGCCCUCCAAAGAGCGUACAUGGACGGCAUCACGGAAACGACUACGCUGGCAGGGGUGGUGCUUGCAGCAGCGUCAGCUGCUGGCAGUGCUGUCUAUAAGGUGUUAUUCACCACUCCCCGUGUCACAGGUGUUAUUCACCAGUCCCCGUCCGUGUCACAGGUGUUAUUCACCACUCCCCGUGUCACAGUGGCGAACCUCCUGGGGAGCUUCGGGGCCGCCAUCACCUUCGAGACCUUCAUCACCCUGGGGCUGGUGCUGGCCAUACCUGCAUCGGCAGUGCUGGACGUGCGGUGGUACGGGGUUCGCUUCGAGGGGAUGAAGCUGGCGGGGACAUCCCUCUUCCUCAUGCCAUAUGGCCCAUUCAUCCAUCCCUCUUCCUUUCCCCGUAGGCUGGGGCGGCAGCGCAAGCGCCACCAGCAGCGCCAGCCUUCAGAACCCAUCGACUACCGGACCGGUCUGAUCUCCAGAUCACAUCUCAGGUCCGCGUCCGGCCUCAUCCGCUGAACAACAAGUCCGCAAAGUUGGUAUGAUCAACAAAUGUCCGUAAAAUCAACAACACCGGGUUAGAAAAGCUGGAAUGAUCCGCAAAAUCCCGUAAAUCAAGAGAUAUCGGAAUACAAUAUCCGGAUAGCAUUUUGUGGAUUCCGCCUUUGCAAAAUCAGCUAGAAAAUGUUGAAUAAAGAAAGAUAUCUACAAAAAUUGCUCAAUAGUUGACUGAAUUUUAAAAUUUGGAUCUGCCAGAACAUCUGAGGCCCUCAUUUGAUUGUAAUCAAUGAAUACUUCAACCGACGGGAUCAGUGAAAAAAAAAAUCACGAAUAAGAUUGGUAAAAUUCAUUAUAAAAAAUCCUGUUUGUCAGUUUAUUAUAUGCCGGAUGCACUGAAGUUACGAUCUGGAUAUUGACUCAGAUUUAUGGUCCUAAUAUUGACGUAGAUUUGACCAAAGAAAACGCCAUAGCACGGUGAACAAUACCGCUCGGCUUGGUUUCAAGAGGCUAGUUUUUGGCUCUAGUUGAUACCACGACAACGUUUUCCAGCCACCUUGUCGUGUGUAUGCAAACUUUAAAGUAAUUGGGAAGAAUAUUGCCGCUCAAAUAUAUUCUUCUUAUUUUGAACUACAUCUACAAAUUUACAAGGAACGCGCCCUAUUUCUCCCUACCCCCGUCACUCUUUUAGCUUCCUCGAUCAGACGGUUUCCUAACUGGGGUAAAUUCAAAUGUGGGGGAAAACUGUACAUUUUUCUGGGGGUAGUGUAUAGAUUGGUUUCUUUGGAAGCGGUAACAUGCCCAUUGAGUUUAGUUCAAUUAUGUAGUAAUUAGUAUGCCCAUUUAUGUUGAAUUAGGUAGUUUGGCCAAAAGCUCCAAUUCCACUGGUGUAGUCAAGAUUUGUCUGCUCUAGCCUAGCGCUUCUUUGGCCUAAGCUCCCAACACCUCGGCUCAAAUGUCCCUUACUUACACUCAUUAUAUUGUCAAAUAGGUCUUAAAUUUUACAGAGGAACUAAUUAGUUCGUCUUUUUACUCGAUAUGCAUGUGAACUACGUUUUUGUUCGAGCUAGAUGCCUAUAUGGAAGCUACAUAUUUGUUCUAGACACCUAUGCGACGUAGAUAUUCUAGAUUUAGAUCUAGAUACUUAUUAUAGCAAUGCUUUUGUUUGAUCUGUUCUGCAUCAAUUCUGUUAUUUUUUGGUUCAACAAAGAUUGCUUCACCAAUGUCAUAGCCACAUUCGGCCAACAUCAUUCGUUACGAUUGAUAAAGUUGAAAUGAAGUUGCAAUGUUAUCUGAAAAAUAACAAGUGAAUACAGCUUUUAGCAAUUGUG